AUGCCAGAUGCGUCGCAGGUCGUCCAGCAUGCCGCGACGGCGACGGCAACCUCGAUGCCCUAUCUCCCGCUCAUUCCCUCGCCGCACCUCCCCCAGUCCCUCAUCCGGACGCAGCUCUCGUCCUCGCCGACCCUCCUCCCCUCGCAUCUCGCACAACUAGUCACCGCCCUCUCACUCGCAGCGCGCGUCUCCUUGCGCGCCUCAGCACUCUUUAUCGAGGCUAUCGGUGAGAGUUUGCAGUGUGGAACCGUCACGGGGCUGGGAGUGACGAGGAGGGCGUUGAUUGCGGCUGUGUCGAGCGCGAGGGCGCUGCACUAUGUCAAGGAGGGGCUGGACUGGACAGGCAAGGACAAGGAGGGCAAGAAGAGCGAGGACACGUUCCUCCAGGUGCUCGACAAGUACACGAACCUCGGCAUCUACCUCAUCCACCACACCUUCACCCUCGCCGAGCUCUUCACCAUGUCCGGCUUCUACUUGACCCUCAACACGCUCCAAACCGGUUUCUCAGCCGCCGAAGAAUCCGUCCGAAUGCUCGACUCGAUCCUCGGCUCGAACGAGUCUUCGCGCGCCCUCUCGUCUAUCAUCACCCUGAUACGUGACGAGUUGACCCGCGAAGACCCGCACUUCAGGCCUGUGGGGUUGCUGGCGGACCAGGAGGAGCAGAACGAGGAGAAGCAGAAAAAGGCCGGGACGUUGAGCAGCUUGACGGCGCUCACUAAGGCUUUGACGGCGUUCGCGUGUCUUCAGACUGCGACGCACAGGAGGACGCUGAGGGAGCUCAAGAUGCGGGUCGUGUACGACUGCACCGUCGUCGUCGAAGGUCAGGCCCUCGCGGUCGCGACCUCGACGGUGUCGCCUUCGCCCCAUCCACAUUCGUCACACAAGUACGAUCAGCACACGCCGACCACAGCUCCGCCCUCCUCCCGCCCUCACCUCGCCAACUCCCUCCCUCACUCGCACUCGCACGCCCAACUCGCUCCUCAACCCAAUCACCUCCUCACGGACGUCCGCUCUGAGCUCGAAGCUCGCGCGCAUGCGGCGUUGGUCGCAAAGGGCAAGUCGGCGCCCAGCACACCGGCGAGAAGUCGGCAGGCUUCGGUCGCUUUCGACCUCUCUGCGCUCGCUGGGCCGGCUGAGAUGACGGCCACUUCGAACGACGGGAUGGACGAAGACGAGGUCGAGCUUGACCCGGGUGAGUUACUCGACCCGAGGCCGGAGGAGGAGAUCGUCAAGGAGCUUUCGGCGCUUUGCGGCUCGCCGACUCGUGCGCGUUCUUUGGCGCCUCACGACCCGCGCGAGGGGUACGAGGCGGGCGACGAGGGAGAGACGAGCGAGACGGAUGAGGAAGAGGAGGACGAGGGGAUGAUGACGGCCGAAGAGGCGGACGGGGAGGUCCCGCCUGAGGUGCAGGCUGUCUCGCAGCAGCUCGAGGCGCAGUACGCGGCUGCCGAGGCUCGCUCCUCGGCGAAGCAGACGCAGGCAAAGUCGUCGCCUGCCUCGACGGUCUCGCCCUCGACCUCCUCGACCGUCCGCGCGCCGCAGCCUCGCAAGCGCGGCACGCACCUCGUCCGCGCCGACUCAAACGGUUACAGCUACGAGAUUGAAAUCGAAGAGACGAUGACGACCAUGACGACGACUGUCAAGACGGUCGAGGAAGUCGGAGGUCCAUCCGCCAAGGUCGUUCAGAAGGCUUCGAGGCCUCGCAUCUUUGGCUUGACGGACGAGGAGGCUCUCCGUUCGCGCGAGGUGAGCGUAGCGGAGGACCAGGAACUCGAGAUGAGCGAUACGGAGGGCGAGUGGGUCGAGAUUGCGAGUCGGACGAGUCCCAGGGGUGCGGCGCACCCGUAUGCGGUGACGAGCGGGGAUGAGUGGCCGACGAGCCAGGGAGGUACGGACGCCGAAGGGAACGUGCCGGUGAGCUUGGCGGGGCUGUCGAGGCAGGAUGCGAUCGACCACCCGGAGCAGAGCAAGCAGAGGUUGCUGCUCGUCCUCUCGACCAUGACGAAGAAGUUUACUCAGCACCGCCGCACCGUCCGCCGCGUCAUGACCGGCAGCAGCACGACCGGGUCGCCUAGCCGCUCCUCCUCGCACUCGCAGUCUCCCGUACCUGGCAGUCGAGGUCUCAAGCGUCGCUGGCCUCGCGAGCGCUCCCGCCAGCCCUCGUUCACGACAGCUUCGGCAGGCCCGUCGUCCGAGUCGAAUACGCCAACGGUCGCCUCGCCGACUCCCUCGCCGAAAGGCAAGGGUCGCAAUGUCUUCCGCGCCUUCAGCCGAGGCUUCAAGGGCUACAAGCGGAGCGACUUUCUCACUCCGCCUAACUCGGCGGCCGACACCCCGCUCGAGCUCAGCGACGUCGAUGCGCCCAUGUUUGAAGUCAUGCCGACCUUCGCGGCGCCUGUGCAGGUUUCGGCCCCUCAGACGCCGGACACGAGGCGGUCGAGAGAAUCGUCGCGCCAGCAUGUCCAGCCCUUCCCGACCAUGCCCUCGCCGCACACGCUGUCGCCGUCCAAAAGCUUCGCCACUCUCUCGCCCGAGCUGCCUUCGUCACCGUCAAAGCCUCGCCUUCGUCGUACGACUUCUGUCCAGACAAUGCGCUCAACAUUGACGACGACGUGUCGCACCGAGUCGAUGCCGACUGGCGAGCCGGAGCCCAAGAGCGGCAACUUUCCGCACCAGCACCUCGUCAGCAACUUGCAACACUUUGCGAGGUACUCAAGCGCCGCGUACGGGCAGAGCUUUCUCAGGAUCCUCGGCAUCGCCAAGCACGAGUUCAAGUUUCCGCACACCGAGAUCCACGCCAACAACCACGCCUUUGCUCAUCACGUCGGCAUCCACGUCGAAGACAUCCUCUUGUCGUCCUUCACAAAUCCGGCACCAACGUUUGGGACGGGCAAGCUGUCACCAAUCGUCAAUUACGUCGCGCUCGACCACUCGAUCAAGGCUGUCGUUCUCGCCUGCCGCGGAUCCCUCGGCCUCUCCGACAUCCUCACCGACUUGACCUGCUCGUACGAGCCAAUCUCGGUUCACGACGGCGAACCGCACGGUUCCUACUUCGUCCACAGCGGCAUGUACGGCUCGGCGACUGUCCUCCAGCGCGGCACCGUCCACGACGUCAUUCGCGAUGCGCUCAAGAGGUUUCCCGACUAUGGCCUCGUUAUCUGCGGUCACAGUCUCGGCGGCGGUGUUGCCUCGCUCCUCUCGCUCCUCUGGUCCAGCCGCUCGUCAACGUUCGCCGAGCAUGCGAGGAGCAUCGAGCAGCACACCGGGCACAGCAUCGCCCACCCGCCGAUCUCGACGCCCUUCGUAACAAGCUUUUCGUCCGGGCUUUCGCCUGGCCGGCCGAUCUCGUGCUACACAUACGGCGUGCCAUGCGUCGCCUCGCCCGACCUCGUCGAAUACUGCCGCGGUCUCGUCACCUCGACCAUCCACAACUACGACAUCGUCCCGACUCUCUCGCUCGGCGUCCUCCGCGACUUCAAGUCGAUGGCCAUGGGCUUCUACGCCGAACAGGGCGUGUGCGAGGAGAUCGUUGGUCGCGUCAUCGGGCUCUGCCAGAAGCGGUUCAUGGCGAGGCGAGCAGCGAAGAAGGACGAGACCGGAUCGCCUUAUCGACCCUCCUCACCCUCGACUGGCGAUGACGACCGCGACGUCACGCCCGAGUCGCUCACCGACCCGUCCGACGAGUCGCGCCUCGUCCCGCUCACCGACGCCGAGCUCACCGCUGGACGCGGCCGGAACAAGGCGCUCGAACCGACGUAUCGCGACCCGAGCCUGCUCGGCACCGACCUCGUCGCCGACGACUCUGAGCUCAGCGACUGGCUUUGGAGCCUCAGGACGACCAUCCGCGCAGGCAGCGACAGCGAGAAACUCUACCCGCCCGGCAACGUCUACGUGGUCGAAAACUACACCGUCUUCAUCUCGGGCGAGUCGUCGGCGACCGGCAAGUACUCCCGCCGCGAAGGUCGCCGCGUCCUCCUUCGCGCCGUCGACGACGUCGAGCGCCGCUUCUCUGAGCCCGUCUUCAGCCGUUCGAUGCUGAGUGACCACUCGCCCGCCGCCUACGAAAACAACUGCGACCUCCUCGCCGCCGCCGUCGUCUAA